CGCGAGCCUGCACGACAAACAUACGCCUUGCUGCGACCUGGGACUCGUUUACCAGGAGCUCUGCGGCUUCCUGCUCGAGAUCGGCUGGCAACGGUCUCACUCUUGCUCUUCUCGCCGAAAGCGCACACCGCUCGUAGAGAUGUCCGCUGUCGUUUCAGUCUCGCGGCACACCCUCCGCCAACUCAAAUUCAUCGUGCCUGGCGGCUUAAUUACCUUUUACUUGCGCACACACCAUACGUUCUGGAAUCUACUCGGCGGGGCUUCCCAUAGCGGAGAGUGGGCAUGGACAACGGCCGCGAUGACGCUCGCCCUGGGCUUCCUGACUGUGGUACUCUUCAUGUACAUCCUGUUCAUCCCACUAAUUAGAGGGGAGAAGCCUGACUUCCGUCACUGGCGACAAUCUGGUGUGCUCUCAACUGUCAUCCCGAUACUAACUGCCGCUAUCGUACUGGGCUGGUCGUUGCUGACAUUCACCCUCGGGCGGUGGUCCUCUCUUGGCUACAUCAAGGGCACGAUAGGAGCGUCCGGGCUGUACAUGCUCGCAUUCGGUCUAAUGGGACUCAUACCCGCUCCCCGCGUAUACAGACGCUCGUGAUUCAAUCUUUGCCAUGUACCUGUCGCAGUCUACCACAUACGUCCGCAUCGGACCACAUAAUCCAUCCUGUUCUAUUCCAG